AUGUUCAUUAGUCGUUCAGUGCGGCGUGUUUGCCACGCUCCACGGCGCCUGUUCACAGCUGCUCGUCAGUUACUAUCGAGAAAUUUUGCGUUGGACGAUGAGUGGCGCGCUCGGCAUGCUGCGUUCCGUGAACUUGGUAUUGAAGGUGGCUAUGAAUGGAUCACUGCCGUGCAAAAGAAAUUCAUCAGCGCUGGCACCACAAGGUUGGCCUUCCAGUUAUUCUCCUUGUAA